AUGUAUUGUUGCAUGUUAAAACCUGGCUUCCUCGGAGCAUCAAGCUACAUAGACUCAAACCGCGUCGUCUCUCAACAGAUGCCUUCUAACACAGCUGCAUGGAUUGCUGACGCGAAAUCGUACCCUCUUGAGGUCAAAAAUGCUCCCACCCACGUCCCAGGCCCCAACGAGAUCCUAGUACGUAACUGUGCUGUGGCCGUCAAUCAUAUCGAUGUUAUGAUCCAGAGAAGCGCCUUUCAUCCCAUGAACUACCCAGCCAUCGUUGGCCAGGAUGUGGCUGGCGAGGUUGCCGCUGUUGGACCAGGUGUUACCCGUUUUAAGAAAGGCGAUCGCAUCCUAGGCCACUCCAUACUCUAUGCUACCCUGCAAAGUCGGGACGGAGCCUUCCAAAGGUAUACGAUUGUGCGCACCAACCUAGCUAGCCAAUUGCCGGAUGAAAUGCCUUUCGAAGACGCGUGUGUUCUUCCUGUAGGGCUGUCGACUGCUGCCUGCGCCUUAUUCCAGGGAACGCAUCUAGACCUACGAUUGCCAACAAGGAUGGAAGCAGCUUCGACCCCUACUGAAACAGUUCUGAUCUGGGGUGGUUCCUCGAGCGUAGGCUGCAAUGCGAUCCAGCUAAGCGUGGCGGCCGGGUACGAGGUCUUCGCCACCACAUCGCCGCAGAAUUUUGAGUUCGUACGGAAGCUCGGUGCAAGUCAAGUCUUCGACUAUCAAGAACGCAACGUUGUGAACGAUUUAGUGCACGCUUUAUCCGGAAAAACACUGGCAGGUGCAUUGGAUGCUAUCGGCUUUGCGGCGGCUAUCGCCACUGCGAAGGUCGUGGAACAAUGCAAAGGCUCCAAAAAGAUGUCCACCACAUUACCGGUUCCAGCAGAGAUCCCAAUCGGUGUCACCGCUAAGCAUGUUCGCGGCGAUGACCUUCGUGAUAAUCAUCUUGGCAAAGCAAUAUACGAAGAUUUUCUGCCUGAGGCACUGGAGCGCCAGGCCUUUGUACCUGCCCCGAAACCGGUGGUGGUUGGAGAAGGCCUAGAAAAGGUUCAACACGCAAUCGAUCUGCUACAGAAGGGGGUGUCAGCUAAGAAGCUGGUAGUAAUCGUCUCGUAG